CGCCGAAGUGAUCACUUGGUACCCUACCCUAACGGCGCCCAAAGCAAAGCAAAGCAAAAAAAAAAAAAAGAGAAGGGGAGACCCUUACAGGUGGGCCUCCCACCUUAAGUAGGACCCGCUUGUCUGUCUCCACGGAACGGGAAGAGUCUCCGGUCUCCGCACGAGUCGGUCACAAACAGAAGAAGAGAAGAGGUGAGGAAAGGCGAAGCUUCUCCUCGCAACGAUGGCGAUGACCGUCGAAGGCUGGCUGGGCUCGCUUUUAUGUUCUCGACGAGCAUUCUGCUGCAAAUACUGGCAUGUGCUUUGUACAACAACUGGUGGCCCAUGUUAGCAGCUCUCAUGUAUGUCCUUGUACCGAUGCCAUGCCUGUUUUUUGGUGGUGGAUCCACACACUUUUUGACAAGCAGAGAAGGUGGAGGGUGGAUUAAUGCUGCAAAAUUCCUGACUGGUGCAUCUGCCAUGGGAAGCCUCGCGAUCCCAGCUAUUCUGAGGCACGCAGGCCUAAUUGAGACUGGUGCCAUGUUCAUCGAGUUCACGUCCUUCUUCAUCCUUGUAUGCACGGUGCUGUGCUUCCAUAGGGCUACCCUAGAUGAAGAUUGGUAAAUGUGCAUGCACGGACCCCUGAAGAAUAGCAAUUCUGUGGCCGCUUCUCUCCAUGCUAAGCAGAAGAAUUUCUGUUGGAAGUUAACAAUUAGCAUGGAUAUGUACAAAGAAGUGUAUUUGAAACCCCUGGCUGAUGUUUCAUAUAGGCACUCUUUAAGAUCUGUGGUGACGUGGCAAGGCAGAUGUUAUUUCGAUCACUUGACAUUGCAGUCGCAUGUUUCUGUGAAGGAACCCAAUCUGUGCAAAACAUGAGCAAGAGCCUGUACACGGUACACCAUUCUUCUUUGCUGGCCGCUACAUUGCCUUAACAUGUUAUUCAGUGAAGUGAUGGAAACUUGAUGCUGAUA